CGUGCGAGUAACGGAGUCUUCCUCUACGCCCCGCGAAAAGCUGGACCUUGUAACCUCUCUCUCUCUCUUUUGCCGCUCUCACGAAUCGCUCUGCAACUGCGGUUUCAGAGCAGUUCGAUCUCCUGCAAGAGCCAUAGCGAGGAAGAAGAACACCAGCAAGCAAUGGCAGGACUAGCACCUGAAGGAUCACAAUUUGAUUCCCAUCAAUAUGAUGCCAAGAUGAACGAAUUGCUUUCAGUUGAUGGGGAUGAAUUUUUCACACCUUAUGAAGAAGUUUGUGAAAGCUUUGAUUCCAUGGGUUUGCAGGAAAACCUGCUCAGAGGAAUUUAUGCAUACGGUUUUGAGAAGCCCUCCGCCAUUCAGCAGAGAGGAAUUGUUCCAUUUUGUAAGGGCCUUGAUGUAAUCCAACAGGCUCAAUCUGGUACUGGCAAAACUGCAACCUUUUGCUCUGGAAUUCUGCAGCAACUAGAUUAUGGAUUAUUGGAAUGCCAGGCUCUGGUUCUUGCUCCUACUCGAGAACUUGCACAACAAAUUGAGAAAGUGAUGAGGGCUCUCGGUGACUAUUUGGGUGUGAAGGUUCAUGCAUGUGUUGGUGGUACAAGUGUGCGUGAAGAUCAGCGCAUCCUUUCAAGUGGGGUUCAUGUUGUUGUUGGCACUCCGGGGCGUGUCUAUGACAUGCUUCGCAGGCAGUCCCUUCGUCCUGAUUGCAUCAAGAUGUUUGUUUUGGAUGAGGCAGAUGAGAUGCUCUCACGUGGUUUCAAGGAUCAGAUCUAUGACAUUUUCCAGCUGCUUCCUUCUAAGAUCCAAGUGGGUGUUUUCUCAGCCACGAUGCCGCCAGAGGCUUUGGAGAUCACCCGGAAGUUCAUGAAUAAGCCCGUCAGGAUCCUGGUGAAACGAGAUGACCUCACUCUUGAGGGUAUAAAGCAAUUCUUUGUCAAUGUUGAGAGGGAUGAUUGGAAACUUGAGACGCUCUGUGACCUCUAUGAAACCUUGGCGAUCACUCAGAGUGUGAUCUUCGUGAAUACGAGGCGCAAGGUUGAUUGGCUCACUGACAAGAUGCGGAGCCGUGAUCAUACAGUCUCUGCAACUCAUGGGGACAUGGAUCAAAACACAAGAGACAUCAUCAUGCGAGAAUUCCGAUCAGGUUCAUCCCGUGUUCUGAUCACAACCGACCUGUUGGCUCGCGGAAUCGAUGUUCAGCAAGUCUCCCUUGUCAUUAACUAUGACCUGCCCACACAACCUGAGAAUUAUCUGCACCGUAUUGGCCGUAGUGGAAGAUUUGGGAGGAAGGGAGUUGCCAUCAAUUUUGUGACCAAUGAUGACGUAAGGAUGCUUGCAGACAUCCAGAGGUUCUACAAUGUGGUGAUCGAGGAACUCCCAGCAAAUGUUGCGGAUCUAAUUUGAGGCUGAGGAUGACCGACUGAUAUACUUGAAAGGAAGCGAUAUACUGAAAGGAAGCUGGUAUGCUGACCAUCUGUUCUGGUCCUUUUUCUCUGUUUCUUUCUUUUACUGUAGAAUGCUCCAACGAUGACUAACGAGUCACUCUGAUACAAUGCAAUUUCGGAUUCUAUAGACGGCCAUUUUUUGAGAAACGCACUAAGAAGAACCUGCUUUUUUCAGACUUCAUGGCCGUAGAGGGCUGUAAUUUUUGUUACCCGUUAAGUGUCUUGAAGGACGGCAACUUUCGUUA